ACUGCCCAGGUACACACCACGUGACUCGAACAGGUACCUCUAGCAUGCAGUGUUGCCCGGCACAUAUCGUGAUUCACUGUCGCAAAAAAAUCUGAUCAUAGCUUUCAUAGUUUCCUGGUAUUCUGCUGGGCAGGCCCUCUAACUACCUGUAAGGCAUGGACGUAACGGAAGCGGACCAUGGACCAAGAACACAGCUCAACCGGAGGUACAUGGUGCUCGGAGCCGCCAUGGGGUUGGUGGCGUCCAUGGUACUUGUCAUAACUGUGGUGUAUGUUAUCGAAGAAGCAAACACAGAUCUACGUAUGGUGGAUCCCCGCUCCCGGGAGUUCCGUGGAGUUUGGGCGGCGACAGUAGAGAACAUAGACUGGCCGUCCGACAUGUCUCUGACUACACAACAACAGAAGGACGAACUCAUCGCCAUCUUGGAUCGCAUGGUGGAAGUAAAUUUGAACGCCCUCGUCUUCCAGGUACGGCCGACGGGAGACGCAUUCUACGACUCUCAACUGGAGCCGUGGAGCUAUUAUCUUACCGGUCGCCAGGGGGCAGCCCCAUCACCGUACUACGAUCCGCUGCAGUUUGCUACAACAGAGUGCCAUAAAAGAGGCAUCCAGAUCCAUGCGUGGCUCAAUCCCUAUCGGGCUCGUCACAAAUCAGCGAACUACACCCUAGCCGUGACGAACAUGGCCCGCCGCUUCCCGCAGUACGCAUGCGUGUAUGACGGCUACAUCUGGAUGGACCCCGGCGCAACGGCCGUCCAGAAUCACACCUAUGACGUCAUCCUCGACGUCGUCAGACGUUACGACGUGGACGGCAUUCACUUUGACGACUACUUCUAUCCCUACCCUGCCGGAGGUGUCGACUUUCCUGACAAUGCCACGUUCCAAGAUUAUCAGUCUACAGGAGGCACCAUGUCCAAGUCUGACUGGAGACGGGAUAACGUCAACAAACUAGUGAAGCGGCUCUAUGAGGGUAUCCAUGCGGAAAAACCGUAUGUCACGUUUGGCAUCGCACCCUUUGGCAUUUGGAAACCCGGGCAUCCAGAGGGGAUCCAAGGCUUUAGUCAGUACGACAGCUUGUACGCCGAUCCCAAGUUGUGGCUGGAGCAGGGUUGGGUAGACUACCUUGCCCCUCAGCUGUACUGGAAGAUAGAACCUCCACAGCAGAGCUACCCCGCCCUGUUGGACUGGUGGCUGGACCAGAAUCCCUUGCAACGUCACGUCUACACCGGAAAUUACCUCAGCAGAAUCUUUACAUCCGGUUGGCCGGUGUCAGAACUCGUGAACCAGGUUAAGAUCUCGCGAGAUCGCGCGGAUCGUCUGUCGUUGGGAAACAUCAUGUUUAGUAUGAAGCCGUUUAGAGACAAUAUCUCAGGAGUGGUUGAUAUCUUUAAAUCUGACGUGUACAGCCGACCCGCCAUUCCCCCAGUCAUGACAUGGCUGGACACUCAUUCUCCUGACCCGCCCACUGGAGUAAAGGCAGGCGUGGGAGAAAUCACGUGGAACUGGGACCAGUCCGGAGCCGUGCGAGCCUGGGCGCUCUACCGAAAGGACCAGGAAAACACAUGGGGAUUAGUGCACGUCCUCGGUUACAACACAACUUCUGUAAGCGUCGAAGCCGGGAGGUACCUGCUGAGAGCCGUGGACAGACUUGGGAACGAGAGCACUGACGUCAUCGUUGAAGUUUCAUAACGCAGUUAUAACGUUAUAUAUA